AUCAGGCUUUAUCCUACUUUCUCCUUCGGUGAACCAGGUUCAUUUAAACCUGCAAAAAGAUGACCAAUCUCUUGAGAAGCGUUGUCACCGUAAUUGAUACUUUCUACACAUACACCAAGCAGGAUGGGGAGUGUGCCACACUGAGCAAGGAUGAACUAAAGGAACUUCUGGAGAAAGAGUUUCGUCCGAUUCUGAAGAACCCAGAUGAUCCAGACACAGUGGAUGUCAUCAUGCAUAUGCUGGAUCGAGAUCAUGACCGAAGACUGGACUUUACUGAGUUUCUUCUGAUGAUAUUCAAACUGGCUAUGGCCUGCAACAAGGUUCUCAGCAAACAAUACUGCAAAGCUUCAGGGUCAAAGAAGCGCAGGCAUAGUCGCCGACACCAAGAGGAAGAAAGUGAAACUGAAGGUGAAGAAGAGGAUACAUCAGGACAAAACUCAGGUUACAGAUAUUCAAGUUGGAGUGAGGGAGAGGAGCAUGGUUAUAGUUCUGAGGGCUCUAGGGGAACUCCAAAACACAGACACGGGUCUGGCUCCAGAAGGCUGAGAAGGCAAGGUGGUUUAUCUAGCUCAGAGAACCAAAAGGGAUUUGAAAAAAGGCGCCAUGGGUCCAGCUCUGGUUACUCAUGGAGUAAUGACAAAGAAAGACAUGGUUCCAGCUCUGGAGAACUGGAGGGAAAAACAAACAAAUCACAUGUUAGCCCCUCUAGGGUAUCUGGGGAUGAAUACAAGUUUGGAUCAAAGAGUGGUAGAGGGAGAGGUCAUGGUGGUCUGUCAUAUGAAUAUGAAUCAAACUCUACUCAGUCAAAUUGUGCAGGACAAAAACAUGGGUCUGGCUCUAAAUGUUCAGGAGAUGGUGGGAGGGAAAGUCAUGCAUGUGGUUCCAGCAAUUCAGGUGGAUGUGGAAGACGAAAAAACACUUCUAGUUAUUGUCAGGCAGGUAGAUUUGGAGAGCAAGGAAACCAAUCUAGCUGUACCCAAUCAGGUUAUCAAUCAGGAAGUAGUGGAGAAGGUCCUAGAUGUAUCUCAGGAGGUUGGGCCUCUGGAUAUGGUCAACAUGAGCCUAGCUCCUGUAGCCAGUCUACUAGGCAGAAAGGAUAUGGAUAUAAAACAUGUGGUCAACCACAGAAUUGUGGAGGACAACAGGGAACAGUUUCAUAUCAGUCCUCUUGUUGUGGACAAUACGGGUCAGGAGUAAGUCAGUCUUCUACUUAUGGUCAACAGGGAUCUGGUUCCUGUGGAUACUCUUCAAACUCUCAUCAAAAGAGGUGUGGUUCAAAUGAAACUUCUAAAUGUAGUCAACAUAGAUCCAGCUCAGGUCAAUCUUCUGGCUUUGGCCAACAUGGGUCAGGCUCAGGUCAGUAUUUUGGCUUUGGACAUGGUGGGUGUGGCUCAGGUCAGUCCUCUGGCUUUGGACACCAUGAGUCUACAUCAGGUCAGUCUUGCUAUGGCCAACAUGGGUCAGGCUCAUGUCAGCACUCUGGUGCUAGACAAUAUGGAUCAGGCUCAGCUCAGUCCUCUAGCUUUGGAAACCAGAAGUCUAUAUCAGGACAGUCUACCUGUGGCCAACAUGGAUCUGGUUCCAGUCAGUCCUCAGGCUUUGGCCAACAUGGUUCAAUCUCUGGUCAGUCCUUUGGCUUUGAACACCAUGACUGUAGAUCACAGCAGUCUGGUUAUGGCCAUCAUGAGUUGGGCUCAGGUCAAUCACCUAGCAUAGAUCAACAAGGGUCAAGAUCAAGUCAGUCUUCUAGCUUUGGACAUCAUGAGUCUGGCUCAGAUCAGUCCUCUAGGGACAGUGAAAGGCAUUCAGAAGUCUCAGAGAGACACUCAGGAUCCACUCAUGGGCAGGCUGGAUCUCAACAUGGAGAGUCAGGAGCCACAGUGACAAGGAGACAUGGAACUGGUCAUGGGCAGUCAGGAGACACCACCAGACAUGGCCACUCCAGUCAGGGACAAUCUACAUGGUCAGGGUCCAGGCAGGCGGGAAGACAGGGAUCCAGUCACAGUGAGGCUAGCGACAGUGAGAGGCAUUCAGAAGUUUCAGAGAGACACUCAGGAUCCACUCAUGGGCAGGCUGGAUCUCAACAUGGAGAGUCUGGAGCCACGGUUAGAGGGAGACACGGAACUGCUGAUGGGCAGUCAGGAGACACCACCAGACAUGGCCACUCUCGUCAGGGACAAUCUACACGGUCAGGGUCCAGGCAGGCGGGAAGACAGGGAUCCAGUCACAGUGAGGCUAGCGACAGUGAGAGGCAUUCAGAAGUCUCAGAGAGACACUCAGGAUCCACUCAUGGGCAGGCUGGGUCUCAACAUGGAGAGUCAGGAGCCACAGUGAGAGGGAGACACGGAACUGCUCAUGGGCAGUCAGGAGACACCACGAGACAUGGCCACUCUCGUCAGGGACAAUCUACACGAUCAGGGUCCAGGCAGGCGGGAAGACAGGGAUCCAGUCACAGUGAGGCUAGCGACAGUGAGAGGCAUUCAGAAGUCUCAGAGAGACACUCAGGAUCCACUCAUGGGCAGGCUGGAUCUCAACAUGGAGAGUCAGGAGCCACAGUGAGAGGGAGACACGGAACUGCUCAUGGGCAGUCAGGAGACACCACCAGACAUGGCCACUUCAGUCAGGGACAAUCUACACGGUCAGGGUCCAGGCAGGCGGGAAGACAGGGAUCCAGUCACAGUGAGGCUAGCGACAGUGAGAGGCAUUCAGAAGUCUCAGAGAGACACUCAGGAUCCACUCAUGGGCAGGCUGGAUCUCAACAUGGAAAGUCAGGAGCCACAGUGAGAGGGAGACACGGAACUGCUCAUGGGCAGUCAGGAGACACCACCAGACAUGGCCACUCUCGUCAGGGACAAUCUACACGGUCAGGGUCCAGGCAGGCGGGAAGACAGGGAUCCAGUCACAGCGAGGCUAGCGACAGUGAGAGGCAUUCAGAAGUCUCAGAGAGACACUCAGGAUCCACUCAUGGGCAGGCUGGAUCUCAACAUGGAGAGUCAGGAGCCACAGUGAGAGGGAGACAUGGAACUGCUCAUGGGCAGUCAGGAGACACCACCAGACAUGGCCACUCCAGUCAGGGACAAUCUACACGGUCAGGGUCCAGGCAGGCGGGAAGACAGGGAUCCAGUCACAGUGAGGCUAGCGACAGUGAGAGGCAUUCAGAAGUCUCAGAGAGACACUCAGGAUCCACUCAUGGGCAGGCUGGAUCUCAACAUGGAGAGUCUGGAGCCACGGUGAGAGGGAGACACGGAACUGCUCAUGGGCAGUCAGGAGACACCACGAGACAUGGCCACUCUCGUCAGGGACAAUCUACACGAUCAGGGUCCAGGCAGGCGGGAAGACAGGGAUCCAGUCACAGUGAGGCUAGCGACAGUGAGAGGCAUUCAGAAGUCUCAGAGAGACACUCAGGAUCCACUCAUGGGCAGGCUGGAUCUCAACAUGGAGAGUCAGGAGCCACAGUGAGAGGGAGACACGGAACUGCUCAUGGGCAGUCAGGAGACACCACCAGACAUGGCCACUUCAGUCAGGGACAAUCUACACGGUCAGGGUCCAGGCAGGCGGGAAGACAGGGAUCCAGUCACAGUGAGGCUAGCGACAGUGAGAGGCAUUCAGAAGUCUCAGAGAGACACUCAGGAUCCACUCAUGGGCAGGCUGGGUCUCAACAUGGAGAGUCAGGAGCCACAGUGAGAGGGAGACACGGAACUGCUCAUGGGCAGUCAGGAGACACCACCAGACAUGGCCACUCCAGUCAGGGACAAUCUACACGGUCAGGGUCCAGGCAGGCGGGAAGACAGGGAUCCAGUCACAGUGAGGCUAGCGACAGUGAGAGGCAUUCAGAAGUCUCAGAGAGACACUCAGGAUCCACUCAUGGGCAGGCUGGGUCUCAACAUGGAGAGUCAGGAGCCACAGUGAGAGGGAGACACGGAACUGCUCAUGGGCAGUCAGGAGACACCACCAGACAUGGCCACUCCAGUCAGGGACAAUCUACACGGUCAGGGUCCAGGCAGGCGGGAAGACAGGGAUCCAGUCACAGUGAGGCUAGCGACAAUGAGAGGCAUUCAGAAGUCUCAGAGAGACACUCAGGAUCCACUCAUGGGCAGGCUGGAUCUCAACAUGGAGAGUCAGGAGCCACAGUGAGAGGAAGACAUGGAACUGCUCAUGGGCAGUCAGGAGACACCACCAGACAUGGCCACUCCAGUCAGGGACAAUCUACACGGUCAGGGUCCAGGCAGGCGGGAAGACAGGGAUCCAGUCACAGUGAGGCUAGCGACAGUGAGAGGCAUUCAGAAGUCUCAGAGAGACACUCAGGAUCCACUCAUGGGCAGGCUGGAUCUCAACAUGGAGAGUCUGGAGCCACGGUGAGAGGGAGACACGGAACUGCUCAUGGGCAGUCAGGAGACACCACCAGACAUGGCCACUCUCGUCAGGGACAAUCUACACGGUCAGGGUCCAGGCAGGCGGGAAGACAGGGAUCCAGUCACAGUGAGGCUAGCGACAAUGAGAGGCAUUCAGAAGUCUCAGAGAGACACUCAGGAUCCACUCAUGGGCAGGCUGGAUCUCAACAUGGAGAGUCAGGAGCCACAGUGAGAGGGAGACACGGAACUGCUCAUGGGCAGUCAGGAGACACCACCAGACAUGGCCACUCCAGUCAGGGACAAUCUACACGGUCAGGGUCCAGGCAGGCGGGAAGACAGGGAUCCAGUCACAGUGAGGCUAGCGACAGUGAGAGGCAUUCAGAAGUCUCAGAGAGACACUCAGGAUCCACUCAUGGGCAGGCUGGAUCUCAACAUGGAGAGUCAGGAGCCACAGUGAGAGGGAGACACGGAACUGCUCAUGGGCAGUCAGGAGACACCACCAGACAUGGCCACUCCAGUCAGGGACAAUCUACACGGUCAGGGUCCAGGCAGGCGGGAAGACAGGGAUCCAGUCACAGUGAGGCUAGUGACAGUGAGAGGCAUUCAGAAGUCUCAGAGAGACACUCAGGAUCCACUCAUGGGCAGGCUGGAUCUCAACAUGGAGAGUCUGGAGCCACGGUGAGAGGGAGACAUGGAACUGCUCAUGGGCAGUCAGGAGACACCACCAGACAUGGCCACUCCAGUCAGGGACAAUCUACACGGUCAGGGUCCAGGCAGGCGGGAAGACAGGGAUCCAGUCACAGUGAGGCUAGCGACAGUGAAAGGCAUUCAGAAGUCUCAGAGAGACACUCAGGAUCCACUCAUGGGCAGGCUGGAUCUCAACAUGGAGAGUCAGGAGCCACAGUGAGAGGGAGACAUGGAACUGCUCAUGGGCAGUCAGGAGACACCACCCGACAUGUCCACUCUGGUCAUGGGCAAUCCACAUGGUCAAACAGACAUUCAAGUCACACUGAUGCCCAUUCUGGUAAAAGUCAUUCUACAUCACAGAUUAGUGGCAGACAAAGACAUAGAUCUGAUCAAGCCUGGAGACAUGGCAGUUAUGGGAGUGCCGAAUAUGACUAUGGGCAGUCUGGUUAUGGACCUUCUGGUGGUAGCAGAACAAGCAGUCGUAAUUCUAGUCCUUUUAGGUCAACAGACAGAGCUGCAGCUAAGCGAGCAUCUAGUUAUGGACUAUCAGUUUCUAGUUUCUACUACAUGGGAUCAAAAGCAACUGAAAAAAUAGGAAGACAAGAUUCAAGUCAUGAACAAUCAGAGAUAAGUGAUGGGCUGUCAAUUGAUUCCCAUAACCAUUCUGGAUUUGGUGCAACUGGAGGUCAGGGAUCUAGUCAUAGACAUUCAGUAGCAACUCAGGAACAGUCAAGAGAUAUCCUUGUUCAGUCUGCAAGGUGGGGGUCUCCUCAUAGCAGUCAGCUUAGGAACCACUCUGCAUCUGACCAUGGAAAACCCUUAUCAGCCCACAGCCAUUCAGAUUCUAGUUCAACUAGAAGUCAAACCUCCCACAGUGAUAGUAAGGGGUAUUCAGAAUAUUUGGGGGAAAAGAGUCAUGAACAAUCAGAAUUGAGGUAUAGACAAUCAGAGUUCAAUACAAUAGACGUACCUGAAUCCAGCCAUCAGCACUUGGGAGAUUCAUCUUCUCAUGAUCUGGUAAGAUCCAGCACAAAUUUAGCAACACAGGGAUCAAGUGAUGGACAAUCAGGACAUAUUCAAGGUCAGUCUGGAUUCAGCACCAAUGAAAGACAAGUAUAUAGCCAUGGCCAGUCAAGGGACAGCUAUGGGCAGUCAAGUGGCAGUCACUCACUUGAUAGCCAAGUCCCUUUGGGAACUGAAGAAAAUAGUUUUAGGUAUUUAUCAAGCAGUGUAACCACAUGGAGUGGGGAAAGGCAAAAACAAGAGUCUGGAUCAAGUCCAUCAGGGACCAUGAGAAAAUACAAUCAGGAUGUUGAUGAUAAGCAGACAAGAGACUCUGAGGUCAGAGUUUACCAUGGAAGAGAGAGAACGGAUUCAGGUUCCUUUCACUUAGAUAGCAACACCCCACUCUAUGAAUAUAUCAAAGAACAAAGGUGCUAUUACUUUGAAUAAUAAUUUGAAACCAAAGGAAGACAAACUAACUCAAGAUAAGAACUAAUCCAAUGGAGAAAUGAGACAUACAACAUGGAAUUAAGAUAUUUUAAAUGAUCCUUUCUUUUGGUAGUGGGAGUAUAUGUCUGAUUUUCUAUUUAACUGUAGUACUGUUUUCUAUUUCUUUUGUUUGGUACAAGGCUUUUUUGUAAGGAUCCAUAAUCAUUGAGCUCUUAGAAAAUAGUGGAUGGAAGAAGUAAAUUGCAUUUGGGACAUAUUUAGAACUACAUGGCAAAGUGAUUGGAUUCUCUGGAAUAAAGUGAACGUUUAAAAAUAAUUUUAUAUAUUCCAGGUUGAUUUAAUUGAUUGUUGACAAACCUAUCCAAGAAGCUAAGAGACAUAGUUUAGGAGCCAAAAUUUCUCUAAUAACAUUGUAACUUAUUCUGUGUCCUAAACAACAAAAAAAUGUAGUAGUUU